AUGAAUCAAAUUUCCCUUAAAAAUUUAAGAGAUUUAACUGAAAAUUUAAAAACUUCACUCAAAGUUGAUGAAGUUAAAGUUAGACAAAUAACUAAAACUGAACUAACUAAGGUUCUUCAAAAUCUACCCAAAGGAGUAGAUAAAGAAGAAGUUUUAAAAUAUGUUCAGGAUAUCACUAGUUCUUCUAAUUUCCAAAAAGAAGUUAAAGAAGUAGCGAUAGAAACCGUUUACGAGUUUUUUGAUAAAUUCAAAGAAGGAGUUUAUCAAACUAAACCCGAAAUAAACAAAACCCUGCUCGAAGAAUUAAAACCAGGAGGCGUUCUUUUGGAAAAAAUACACGAUAUUUUUGGACCAGAUAAAUUUUAUCCUGCUGAAGGAGAAAAUAUCCCACCAAGAAGAGAAGGAGUUUAUAAAGAUGCUCUUUUAAAAGGAGAAGAAAUUGUCGGUGGUGAUUUUACUAAACUCGAAGAAAACCGCAUCAAUAAAGCUCCUACUCCGGAAAAAAUCCAAGCAAUAUUAAACCUGAUUGAAAAGAUAACUGACGAAAAAGCACUUUAUCAAUUGAACCCUAAUGGCUUAAUAAAUAAUGAUAAGAUAAUUGAAAACUAUACUACUAAGGUAUUAGUGAUGGGUAAGGAAUACGAACAAACUACCACCCAUUUAGAAACUUUGAAGCAUUCUGCCGAAGAAGUUGAUAAAGUUCAUGAAUUCAUUAUUAAAAGAAUUGAAACGGAAACCAAUUUAGACAAAUUUCCAACUGAUACUGAAAUCCAAUCUGCUUAUAACGAAAAAAAAGUCCCUGAUACUCGUGAAAUCAAAGACAGCAAAACCAAUUACCAAGGUAUUACCGGAAUUGAAGUCUUAAAAAUUAACAAAGCUGCUAUCGACCAAGAAAUUACCAAAGUUGAUAAGCUAGUUAAGCAAAUUAACGCUUAUCAAUUUUUACGAGAUUUAGAUGCUAACCAAGCCAGCAUUGAUAAGCAAUUUAGCGAAUUAAAAACUGACUUCCUCCCUCCCAACAAAGCCCAACAAAUCACCAAAGCCAUUCAAAAACAACGCCAAAACCUUUACUAUUACCUAACUGAUCCCAAGGAUGGCGGUGGUUAUGAAUUGCCGAAAGAUAAAACUACCGCCGAAGAUAAAUUACAUAUUUCCCAAAAAGGGACUUAUUUAUUAGACUUCUUUUACAAAAAAAGUAAAGAUGCUAAGGGUUAUCCUUUUAAUCCUGACAAAUUAACCGACCCUAAUCUCCAUUUCUGUCAAAUUGGCACUAAAACGGUGAAGAAAUUCAUCAAAGGAGGAAUGAUGAUUAGCGAAGUGAUUGGAGGAGAUAAAGGCAAUGCCGGUCAUUUAGCGAUUGGAACGGGAAUUGGUAAAACCACUAAACUUAUUAACUGUUUAGUUAGAGGGGGUGAAAGACAUAUUAUUCUAGUUUGCCCGACUACGGGAUUAGGAGAAGUAGAAAUGGCUUAUUGUUUACGGGGAAAACCUACGGAAAGAGCCACCGAAGAAGAAAUCAAGGAAGGCAAGCACGACCCCGAAAUGAAAUCGCUUUACAAAAGCCAUGGGGCUUAUCCACAGAUUCCGAAAGAAGAUACCAUUGUCGUUUUUGACGAAGCCCAUUUUAAUGAUGCCGGUUAUCAGGCUUUACAAUUUGAAAUGAUUAAAGCCGGUUAUAAUUGUUUAAGAAUGUCGGCUACUUUUCCGGGAGCGGAAUUUUCUACUACCUCUUCUUAUCCCAUGAAAAGAGUAUUUAGCGGUAAAUUAGACCCCCAUAUGCCAGCGGGUUUAAUGAUUUACCAAAAUGCCGAACAAGUAGAAAAGUUGGAAAACUUACGGGAAGUUCCGGUUGGAAAAGUUAAUUUAGAAGAACGAAUUCAGACCGGAAAUACUUGGAUUUUUGGGAAAAACCUAGAACUAAGCGACGAGCAAAUCCGAGCCUUGGGUAAUAAUGUCUCUUACAUGGUUUAUACUCCCGAGUUUGAUGAAAACUGUGAAGAUAUUUCCCAUGGUCGCCCUAAGGGUUCCGCCGAUAACGUAGAUGGUAGUAAAGAAAUGGGUUAUACGCCGGGAAUUGAUACGGUAAUUUGUUUAGGAGCUACCGAAACUACUAAUUUAGGAAAAUAUUUCACUUAUUCAGAACCUAGCUUAGGAUUUACCCAAAUUUCUAGUUUAGUGCAACAAAUGGGACGAGUUUCUCGAAUUAAGUAUGGUUUAGCGAUUACCUUAACCAAAGAAUGCGGAGAAAUUGAUUUAUCCGAUAACGUUAGUGCGGCGAUGGUUAAAGCCACUUUUAAUGGAGAUACUAAACAAAUUAAAGAAAAAAAAUACGAGCAAAUUUACGACAUUGAUAUUUUACGAGGAGCCUUAGCCUACCCCGACCCCAAAACUUUUGGCAAAGCCCCCGAAGAGAUUUUAAUGGGUCUCAAAAUCACCAAAGACCAACAAUCUAAAAAAGAGAAAUUGACUAAAUUGGUAUGA